CUCAAUUUUGUUCCGUCCAUACCCCCCAAAAUCGCGUCGACAUCACCACCUCAACUCUUCAAAGCGAUCCGUCUUUAGUCAUUGGCAUAUCAAUCUAUCUCUUCGUUUAAGAUUACAAAUACCGGCAGUCUUCACUAUGGGCUGGUUCUGGGCCGACACCCCUGCCCCCGCGCCGGCUGUACCUCCGGCGGACCCGAAGCACAAGAACCUCGCCAGCGCCGGCACGCCUCCCGUCGGAUGCCCCAUGCACAAAGCCGCAGCCGAUGCCCUCGCUCCUCCUGCACCGGCCUCCUGUCCUAUUCCUCAUGGCAACCCCGCUACCAACGCGGCUCUCUCUUCCUGCCCCGUCCCCCACAGCAGCCAGGGCUCAUCACAAGAACAGCGACAGGAGGCGUCGAUGCUCUCAAAGCUCAACCCUCUAAAUUACAUGUUCCAGUCGAUCUCACAAGAACGCGCUCCCAACCAGACUCACGUGCUGCCGACAGAGCGAGAUGAGUCGUCCAUCCCAAGAGGCACCGGCGAAGGCAACUGGGAGUAUCCGUCACCCCAACAAAUGUACAACGCACUGCUGCGGAAGGGGUACACCGACACGGACAUUACGGCUGUCGAGAGCAUGGUCGCGGUUCACAACUUCCUGAACGAGGGCGCUUGGAGCGAGGUCGUCGAAUGGGAGCGCAGGUUUGGCAGAGGCUUGUUCCGCGGCUGGGAGAUCAGCAAGCGUGGAGAGGAGAAUGCACCGUUGGAGCUGAGACGCCUUGAGGCGCAGGAGGGCGGGCGGGUGCAGCCGACCCUAAUCCGAUUCCAGGGGAGACCUAAGGACAUGACGCCCAAAGCGGCGAUGCUGCAAUUACUGGGUCGGCUAUAUCCGUCCAAGUUCGGCACGGACCCGCCUUUUGACCGCCACGAUUGGUUCGUCUCGCGCAACGUCGAUGGCCAGAAGAAGGAGAUCCGAUAUGUGAUCGACUUUUACUCUGCACCCCCCGAGCCAACUGGCGAACCUGUCUUCUACCUCGAUGUUCGGCCGGCCUUGACGCCGACGGGAGCUGUGGAGCGCUUGAUGCGGUGGGGCGGAGAUGUAUGGUGGAGGGCAUCGGGUGGUCAAGUUCGCGAAUCCAACAGCAGGAACCAGCAGAACUGAUCAACCCGACUCGAAAACAUCUAUACACGACGAGGCGCAGGCAUCAGAUUCGGCAUUCAUAAAGGCGUCACGGGGGAUUUGGGUACAUCAGGGUCUGGCUCUCAUUGCUUGUAUGUUCGUCUUAUACUCUCUCCUCAUAUUAUCGUUUCAAAGAAGGCGGCUCUUUUUUGUGCAAGACACGCG